AUGUCCCACUCUCCCGUCUUCCGCCCUUCGUUUGAGGAGGUGCAAGAGCUGUCCUCUCGCGGAAACAUGAUCCCCGUGUACGCGGAAGCCUUCCUCGAUCUCAUCACCCCUGUCGCUGCCUACCUGAAGCUGUGCCUCGACCAAGAGUAUGCCUUUUUGCUCGAGUCCGUUGCCGGCGGCGAAAAGCUCGCACGCUACUCGUUUCUCGGCGUCAACCCGUACCGCGUUGCCAAAGUUGGCGCGGGCCACGAAUUCACUGGCGAUCCGCUCAAGCCCGUCGAGCAGGAGCUUGCCAAGUACAAGUUUGUGCCCAUUCCUGGGCUGCCCAUGUUCACAGGCGGCGCCAUUGGCUACAUUAGCUUUGACUGCGUGCAUUCCUUUGAGCCGCACACUGCGCAGCCCCUUCAGGACAAUCUGCCCUUCUUGCCCGAAGCCAUCUUCAUGUACUGCGACACGAUUGUUGUCUUUGAUCACCUGCGGCAUCAACUUCGCGUUGUGGGUCACGUUCGUGUGCCCACGAGCAACCACCCCGAAGACCUUCGUUCCGCCUACAACUCGGCCACUCAAACUGUCCGUCAGACGCUCGCACAGCUGUGCCGGGUGGACACUCCCGUGCCAGUCCAAGGCCCGAUCGUUCUUGGCAAUGUUGCCCAGUCCAACCAAGGCCAGCAAGGCUACGAGCGUAUUGUGCGUGAUCUAAAGACGCACAUCAACAAGGGCGACAUUAUCCAAGCUGUGCCUUCCCAGCGUCUUUCGCGACCAACGUCGCUGCAUCCGUUCAACCUGUAUCGUCACCUCCGCAGCAUCAAUCCUUCCCCGUACAUGUUCUUCAUCCAACUCGGAGAAGUGUCUCUGGUCGGCGCCUCGCCCGAGAUGCUUGUCAAAGUCGACGAGAACAACCUGGUGGAGACACACCCGAUCGCUGGCACCCGCCGUCGCGGAAAGACUCCCGCAGAAGACGAUCUUCUCGCAGCCGAGCUGCUUGCCGACGAGAAGGAGCGCGCAGAGCACAUCAUGCUGGUCGACUUGGGCCGCAACGACAUGAACCGCGUUUGCCAGCCUCGCAGCGUCAAGGUCCCUUCGCUGAUGCACAUUGAGCGCUACUCGCAUGUCAUGCACAUUGUGUCGACAGUGACGGGAACUCUCCGUUCCGAGAUUACGCCACUGGAUGCCUUCCGCUCCAUCUUCCCCGCUGGCACAGUGUCUGGCGCUCCCAAAGUCCGUGCGGUGCAGCUCAUCCAGGCUCAGGAGCAGGAACGCCGUGGCGUGUAUGCGGGAUCUGUCGGAUACUUUACCUAUGGCGGUCAACUUGAUACCUGCAUCGCCAUUCGUACCAUUGUCAUGCACAAGGGUGUCGCAUACCUCCAAGCUGGCGCUGGCAUUGUCUUUGACUCUGACCCGACCUCCGAGUACGAAGAGACGAUCAGCAAACUGAACUCGAGUAUUGCUGCCAUUGCACAAGCCGAGCGUUUUUACUUUGACCAGCAGCAGCAGCAGCAGCAGCAGCAGUAA